UAUACCAUCAUACCUGGUAUACCAUCAUACCUGGUAUACCAUCAUACCUGGUAUACCAUCAUACCUGGUAUACCAUCAUACCUGGUAUACCAUCAUACCUGGUAUACCAUCAUACCUGGUAUACCAUCAUACCUGGUAUAUCGUCAUUCACCACAAGUGCGUCAAGGAUCUCAAUGGUAAUAAGUCACUUUGUCUUGGGUUAUCUUGUAUGAUAAUUGUACUUAUGUAAACAUCUUCCUAAAUAAACUUACAAAGUCUAUAAUAUUAAAUGUUAUGACAAGUGUCAAUAUUAUUGUUUGUUACUGUUGUCAUGGUAACCAGCAUUCAAUUAUGACCGAAAAUUUCAGUAAGGGAUCAUUUACUUCGUAGUUUUUGUUUCAGUAAGAAUACUUAAAGCAUGAUUUUUUUUUUUUGCAACUGCUUGUUGUAUAUUACAUACACCCACGGAGAGUUUACGAAGUCGCUAAUGGAAAUAAUUUCAAGCAUUUGUCGUUUUCGGGUUAUAUUUAUAUAAUGUACUUUUUAAUGUGAUAACAUGUGUCCUCAAGAUCAUUGUUUAAAGAUAUAUAUUUUUGCGUAUUAUUUAACCAAAGGUUCAAUGGAAAGUUGAGGAAAUAAGGAUCACAAUGGAAAUAAGUCACUUUAUCUGACCUUUUUCAUGUUACUCUAGGCAAUAUACACAUAUAUUACCAUGUAUGAUAAUUUGUGUAAGCAUAUUUAUGUGUAACUGUGCCUAAAUAAACAUACUAACUAACUUACUAAUAAUGAUUGAAUCAGUUGUGAAUGUGAGUGUGUUUACAUGAGAGGUCAUGGCUGACCAAGACCCUGAUAAUUUAUCAACCAGCGCUGAUGAAGUCGAUUAUCCCCCUAAUAACUAUAUCUAUCGAUGGAUUGAUGUCAUGUUUGUCGUGGGAGGGAUGUGCACAUACUUCUUAGACUGGGGUUUGGACAUACUAACUGCGUACACCCACUGGAAGCAUAAUGACGUCGUCUGGUUCGCGCUUACUGUAAUUUUUAUAAGCGUUCCAUCUUUAGUUAUGACUGGUGUUUCACUUCAUUGGUACAUUAAGGAUGCCGAUAACUCACAUGUACCCAAGGCUUCAAUGUGUCGCUGGGUGGUGCGCAUAAUUCUACUUGUAUUUCAACUCGGACCGAUUCUUAGAUAUUUAGAUUCUCUGUAUCAUGGCAUCAAGAGUCAGAAAUACUUCAAGAGAGGGGACAAGAAACAGCAACAGGCAUACUAUACUUUGAUGUUGUAUGAAGAGAGUGACGCAAUUUUUCUCCGUCUCUUUGAGUGCUUCAUGGAGGCGGCCCCUCAGGUUGUGCUCCAGCUGUACAUCCUGACUCAGCAUCCAGAGUCUGAUGAAUAUGGCAAAAAAUGGGAGUAUGUACUGUUCCUCGGGUGUGUUACAUCCCUCUUAAGCUUGGCUUGGGGUGUGACAGCGCAUGCACGAGGAAGUAGAUUCACCAACUUGAAGAAAAACAACAUAUCUAUCCUUGGAACCUUUGUUCUUUUUCUGUGGCAUAUCUUCAGCAUAGGUGCUCGUGUCACUGCCUUGGUGCUCUUUGCAGCUAGGUUUCAGCUGUAUUUGAGUGUAGUGUGUGUUGGUCACUGGAUUUUAAUGAUUAUGUGGCUUAUGUCACGGAGAUCUCUUAGUGGAGUGUGCUCCCGAGCUGUGGGAGAAUGCUUUCUUAGUUGUGUAUUGGGGGCUGUGUACAUUUUUGUCUUCAUCAAUGACAAAGAUGAGCCAACAAGAAAGAAAUAUGUCUUCUACUAUUUUGUUUGUGGACUAGAGAAUUUGGUAAUGAUAACACUGUUUCUAAUAUUCACCGAUCCCUCCACGUGGUACUACAUAUCAGGUGUGGUGGUCUACUUCAUAUUAUUUGUUCUGGGACUGAUAUUCAUGACUCUGUACUACAGUCUCCUUCAUCCUACAGUGCCACAUGCUAACCACUCUCAAAAACUGCAGAAAACACAAGUGAAUUCUCAAUAAAAAUAAAAGUACGUAAUUUCUUGUCUCCCUGCAGUACAAGCUACCAAUAAGUCACAAACCCAAAGAAUGCAAAUAAUGUAAGUGAAUUCUCAGUGAAGAGUCUCAAGCAAUUCCUUGUACACUGCAGUAUUCUACAGUACACUACCAAGUCACAAACCCAAAGAAUACAAAGAACACAAGUAGAUUUUUAGAAAGUCACAUUGUUCCUAGGAUAGAGUACAAUGAUAUACGGUAGUAGCUUUUUAAUCAUUUGGCAAGUUGUUCAAUCUGAUACCCAAACAUAUAAUGCCAAAAGAAGGAAGAGAAUGCACAAAAAAUAAAGGGCCAUAAAAAAUUAUGUAAUCACCCGGUGAUGACAAUGCAGUGCGCCCUCUGCCAGGUAAUUGAUGAUUUAACAUUUCUGAGUUGUGUAAGUUGUUAGUAAUUGUUAUACAAGGGCUGAAUUGAUGCUGUUUCUGCACAUGUCCAGAGACGUACCUUAGUCAGUGUUCACCUCGAUCAAAUGUAAGACUUAAGUCACGACCUCUGUUAGUGUUCAAUUUAAGAUUAAGGAAGUUGUUACUGCAUCCAUCUUUUUUAUUUUGUUUCACAUAUUUUGUGUAUGAAAAUGCUGCUGUAUAAUUGUACCAGUGCAAUAUGAUUGCUGUUGUCAAGGCUUUAUGCUUUACAUGUCUUGUGUAUGAAAGUGGUGCUGUAUGAAUGAAAUAUACUGCAGCAUGCCUGCAGUAUAUUUUCAACCAUCUCAGUUAUCUUGUUACAUUAUUACUUUGUUAACAAUUUUCAUCUACUGUUUAGGCCUUCUCAGGAAGAGGAUAACUUAAGAUAAAAAAAAAUUUUAGUUUUUCUUUUGUCACUUUGUUUCUGCAUGGUAACUGGAGAAUACCCUUUCAGAUUGACCUCAGACUUUCAAAGAUUGUGUAUCAUAGUAAAAUAAGAUACUUUAGGGCCAGAAAGAAUAACAAAGCACAAUAUUAUAACUGGAAUGAUACACACACCAAUCCCACACAUAGGAGAAUGAAAUUUAUAGUAUGACAUUUCAGUCCAACUUGGAGCAUUAACUAGUCACACAGAAGCAUGAAGGGAAGAGAGCCAGUAUACACAAAGUUCAACUGGGGCUAGAUUUUUAGAAGGCUUUUACUUGGUUUCUGAGUGAUGCCCAGUUGGCAGGGUUCACUAAACUCCUUACACUUUUUCUUUGACUCCCAGAUGAAAAGUAGGCAGGAAAAUUUAGAUAUAUUUGUAGACAUCCUUUAUCUUUUCAUAUUUUCUCUCGUGUGUGUAAAGUUGAUAAAUAACACACGUGCAACAACUGCAUAUAUUUCUUGAAUAAUACACAUGUGCAACACCUGGGUGUCUUAACUGAUGGAUAAGUCAUCUACAACAUCUGGGUAUCUUUACUGACGAAUAAGACACAUGUGCAGUAUCUGGGUAUCUUUAUUGAUGAAUAAGACACUUGUGCAACAUCUGGGUAUCUUUAUUGAAGAAUGUUUUGCUCUUCAGGAGCUUUGAUAUAAAGUUUUGUGUGUUGAGCUUUUAGUCAACCUCUUAAAUUACAUUUUAUUCAUGUUUAAAAUCAACAAACAUUUGGUUUUGGGCAGUAACACACUGUAAAGUCAAAGAUUUAUUUCCACAUGAUACAGUGUUUGUACAGAGAUGGCUGAUAUUUGGUUGUGCAUGCAGAAAGCCCCUGGUUAUGCAGAGCAUAACUUGUAUUCUUAUGAACUUGUGUCUGUAUGAGCAGUCUGUGAAAGCUGAGGUCACUGAUAAUGUUAAAUUUCACUUUUGUUUUUGCUGUUUGCAGCAUUAAUCUUUGGUCGGUGUUUCAAAAAAGAUUUCAAAAUCAGAAUGGGUUCUUGGGGAUGAUAAUACCUUUCUUUGUUGCAUACUAAUCAAAGUAUAUACAGUAUAUUGCUGGGAGAAAUCAUUUGCAGAAAGGGUGUUUGCUUAUGCAGCUCCUGAGCUGUAUAAUGGGUUACAAGUGUCUCUUAAGAAUCAGGAAUUUGUUGAUGCUUUCAAGUCUUAGUUCAAAGAACAUCUCUCUUCUAGAGUUUAUGAUCUUGAUGAUCAUACUGGCACCCUUAUGAUGCCGAUGAUCAUACUGGCACUCUUAAUGAUUCUGAUGAUCAUACACUCACUCAUCAGUACUAAAUCUCCUCAGUAUCUCUUCUUUAUUGUUGUUGCUGCAUAUCUGGCUUGGUGUUAGAGUACUCAGGAAUUUCUUGAAAGAACAGGCACUCAAGAAUAACAUAAUUCUAAAUUAUUUUUGUUAUGAUGAUCAUGGGGACGUAUUACAUCUUGAUCAUAUAGUGAGUGGGUAAUGGGAUUUAAUUAGACUUGAUCCAGAGAAGAGGAGCAUAGUUCCAGUUUCUUGGCUCAAGAUCCCUUCAGUAGCAUCAAAGUACCCUUGCUUGAAGGGAUGUAAAUGAAAAGAAUUAAAUGAAUUCUGGGUGAAGCUGUAUGUAUGGUCAAGUCGUCUUACAUCUGAUGCCCCUGAAGAAUAAAAGUCACAGUAUCAGAGCUGAAACAGUUCACCAGUUCUGCACUAAGGAGAGGAGCUGUAUGACAACAAUUCAGUCAGUCCUGGGCUACUGCUGUUAAAUCUUGACUGACUGACUUUACAGUAGUCCAAGACAGACCAGAAUGUUGUCAUAACAUUCCUCGCCUAGGGUUUUUUUUUUUUUUUUUGUAGUAAACCUAAUGCCCUUGUUCACCUAGCAGUAAAUAGAUAACCUAAUGCAACACGUGAGCAUACAUGUUUAUUAGAAAAUGUUUUGGUCGUGGGACCUUGACCCAUAUAUGUUAGAAGUAAUCAAGGUCCCAGACCAAAAUGUUUUCUAGUAUACAUAACCCAAUGUUUGCUUACAUGUCUUUUUUUUUUUUUAAUUUGUUGUGUGGGUUACAUCCUAAGGAAGUGAAGUGAACAUAAUUACCACUUGGAAUUAAACCACACUGCUUAAUUUUCUAAGGUUAUGCUUGGCUGUUAACCCUCUGAGGUUAAUAAAAAUACUGCGACUUUUCUUCUUCCAGGCAAACAAAACUUUGUAUGACCUAUAUGGGUUUCGCAUUACUUUUCUCUUUUUUUAAACACCUGCCGUCUCCCACUGAGGCACGGUGACCUGAAAGAGAAGGCAUACAGUUUUUCUUCUUUUUCUUUUGGUAAUGUUUACAGGAGAAGGGGUUACUAGCCCUUUCUCCCUGCAUUUUAGUCGUUCUUUCGACACUCACGGCUUACAGGGGAAAGAUUCCUCUCCACUUCCCCCUGCAGUUGUAGCAUUAAUUAUUUAAUAUAAUAAUAAUCCCAGGCAUACAAAAGAAUUAUAAAUACUGUUAAUAUUAUGGCUAUAUUAUAUAUUAUAUUCUCAACUUGAAGGAUCUAAUUUGUGUGAGACGUAGUGUUAGAAAUAUUGCCUUAGUGAAGAAGAUAAUCCUUAGUUUGUUAUCUUAUUUAUUAAAUAUAGGAGUCUUUAUCUUCCUUGUUAAUGUGUUAUAUCAAACAUGAUCAAGCUUAAUACAAAUUUGAGAGUUAAAUUCUUUAAAAAUAGGCAUUAAUUUAUUGGAAUUUAAUUUAUUGGAAUUUUAAGAAUGUGAUAAUUUAGGUCUAAUUAUUUUGUUACAAAUGUAUAUGUUGAAUAAAAUAAAUUUAUAUAUUAUGUCUUACUGAUUGAAGUAUACACAGUUACCAGUUAAUGUUAAUCUUUCAGAUCUGAAUAGAAAAAAUUGCUUACUAAGCAAUUUAUUAUUUUUAUGCAAUGUUUAUACAGUAAUGUAUUGAAGCAACAGAUGUAUUUUUUUAAUUUUCAUGUGAAUAAAUAUUAGGUUGGGUAGAAAAGAGCCCCAGAAGCUUGUAUAAGAGCCCCAGAAGCUUGUAUAAGAGCUCCAGAAGCUUGUAUAAGAGCCCCAGAAGCUUGUAUAAGAGCCCCAGAAGCUUGUAUAAGAGCUCCAGAAGCUUGUAUAAGAGCCCCAGAAGCUUGUAUAAGAGCCCCAGAAGCUUGUAUAAGAGCUCCAGAAGCUUGUAUAAGAGCUCCAGAAGCUUGUAUAAG